CGGCUCGAGAAAAGAUGGUUGAAAUCUCACUAGAGUGUGCAAUCGAAGGCCAGGUAGGCUCGUUCGACGUGACGAUCGACGACGGCAAGAAGGUUUCUGUGUUGAAGGAUGCGAUCAAGGCGAAGGAUACAGCGGCGAUCACGUGCGAUGCCAAGUACCUGCAGCUCUCUCUGGCGAAGAAGGGCGAAGAUUGGUUACCAAUUGAGGACCUUCGUGCGAUACGAAAAGGAGAGGAUGUACCGGGGUUCGAAAGGGUAUCACUGGUGGAUACAGAUGAUGAAGAGUACUCGGCCUAUUCGAUUCAGAAAAUGUUGCAGAUGAAAGGAUUGCCCUCACCUCAAACGGAGCAAAUUCACGUGCUGGUGGUGGUUCCUCCGCCGAGUGUCGGGUCGAAGCGUUCAGCUGAUGAAAUUGCUGAUGUCCAGAAAAGAUUGAGACUACUGGAAACCGACUCGGCAGCCAUCAAGCCCGCCUUGGCAGCCAUCAAGCCGAAGACGCUGACCAAGUUCACACCUUUGUCCGUACAUGAAGACGAGUUUCAACUCGACAGUCUGUCUAUCACGCAACAAAGUGACGACCCAAUUGUCAUGACACCUACCUUGCAUGAGUUUUGGGAGGGAUUCGGCGAAUUCCCCCCACAUUAUUUCGUUCGGGUGGAGGAAGUGAUGUUUUGGGAGGUGAUCAAGAAAAUGUUGUAUGGCGAGGAUCGCGUUGUGAUAGUCGGCUCACCGGGUGUCGGAAAAUCCUGCUUUCUUAUGCUUAUCGCGUUUUACCUGGCGUGCAUCAAGAUGGAGAAGGUGCUUGUCAUACGUCGCUUGAAAAAAAGG